CUCUCUCGAUGGUGCAACCAGAAACUGAGAUACUUCACUGCUGCUUCCUCCUCAUAGGGAGAGUUUGCUUCCCCUGCAUUGCUUUCACGCUCCCGCCACCGAGUGAGAAGCCUUGUUUGGAGUUUGGCAAGCGACAUUGGCUUCCUUCCAACAGACAGCAGCACUAAUAAUAACCCAAAAAGAGAGGCAGCUCCUCUCUCUCUCUCUCUCUCUCUCUCUCUCUCCACACCCCGUUGCCUUUUUAAUCCCCCCCCCAACCCUCCCAAAGCCCAAUGCAAACCCACCCCACCGAAAUCCCAUAGCCAAAAAGAAGAAAAGGAAGGGGAAGCAGCAACGGGAGGCCAACUUCUACUUCUGGGUAAUCUCCUCUCCCUCUUUCUUGUACCUCUUCUCGUUGGGUCCUCUCUUUCCUCCACCCACCCUCUUUCUCUCUUUUUUAAGAGCCCUUUUUAUUCUUUCUUUCUUUCCUUGUAUUGUUUUCUUUGAUGGGAAGAUGAUGAACCGAGCCAACUCUGCUGAGGCCUAUAUCCCUUCCAUGAUGUCCGUUGUUGGCCUCGAAGGCAGCAGCCAAAAGCUGCACCUUUGGGAGUGCGACACCACCACCCCCCUCCAAAACCACCCGGCCGCCACCGCCAUCCCCCCCGCCGCCACCGCCGGCCUUGCCCUCGAGUACCACCAACCCUUCUUCCCCUCCUCCUCCUUCAUCGACUGCCCGCCCCCCCUCCUCUCCGUCACCAGUUUCCCCUUCUACUCCCCGCCCGUCCCCGACUACCCCGCAGCGGCCCUCGUCAAGAGGGAGGACUGCGACAGCGCCGCCGCAGCUGCCGCCGGCGGCGGCGCGGGUACAAUUGGGCUGAACUUGGGCCACCGGACCUACUUCUCUUCGGGGGACGCGCUCGCCAUCGACCGGCUCUUCGCCCGGUCCCGGGGGAUGUACUCUCUUAACCACCAGCCGCCGCGGUGCCAGGCCGAAGGCUGCAAGGCCGACCUCUCCGGCGCCAAGCAUUACCACCGCCGCCAUAAGGUCUGCGAGUUCCAUUCCAAGGCCACCGUCGUUAUCGCCGGCGGCCUCCAGCAGCGCUUCUGCCAGCAAUGCAGCAGGUUUCAUGUGCUGACCGAGUUUGACGAGGCCAAGAGGAGCUGCAGGAAGCGCCUGGCUGACCACAACCGCAGGAGGAGGAAGCCUCAGCUCCCAGCAGCCAACGCGGACUCCCCAGCACCUGAGAAUCCACCGACCAACUCCAUGGAGAAGAGCAAACAGACAGCGAAGGCCCCCAGAGACGACUCAACUGUCAAGUCCGCAGCUACCAUAUCUAAUGCCAGUACAAGCUUGGAGGGGCAGCAGGGGUACUCGAACAAGGCAACCCGGUUGAGGAACGGGCCAGCUUUAUCUCUGGGGGGGGUUGGAGCAGUGGAGAAAAGAGGCAUGGGUUCUUCCAGUGCUAUGUGCCAAAGCCAAGGACACUUUGUGGCCAUGACAGAGGACAAGGUUUCCCAGCAACAGCACCAGCAGCAGCAGCGCUUCUUCUCCUCUCCUUCGGCAACCGGUGGGACCUUCUUCCACCACCAUAACCUCUUCUGCUCGAGCUCCAAUGAGGCCUCCCAGUCUACAGGAGGCGGCUCCGGCGACGCCUCAAGCCACCACCACCACCACCAGAGCAACCUCCUCCACCUGGGGCAGGCCAUGUUUGAAGUGGACUUCAUGUGAGGGUGGAUGAGAGCCACGACAGGUCCUCAGGAGGGACUGUAUCAGUCGUUCUUUCUCUGCUUCUCUUUCCUUCUUGCCCUUUCGGUGGGAAUAAUGUCUUUCUUUGCAGAACCAGCAGUGCCGCAGGAGGGUAUUCAGGAUUUUUUGUGCCUUUCUAAGGCUUUAUUUUCAAAAAUGUCUUCUUUUUCGAAUUCUUGUAUCCAGUAGGGUCUUCCCUUCCCUUUUUUUUUUAUGUUCAAGAGAAAUUUCGUCUUCCAUGCUAAA